AUGUCAACGUUUGGAAAAAUAUUCAGAGUGACCACCUAUGGUGAGUCGCACUGCAAGUCCGUCGGAUGUAUUGUCGAUGGAUGUCCUCCUGGACUUAAAUUGUCAGAAAGUGACAUACAGCCUCAGUUGAGUAGAAGAAGGCCAGGUCAGUCCAAGUUAUCGACACCCAGAAACGAGAAAGAUCAGGUCCAUAUUCAAUCCGGAACCGAGAACGGUAUAACCUUGGGAUCUCCAAUUGGUAUGCUUGUGUUAAACGAGGACCACCGUCCCAAUGACUACUCGGAAACUGACCUUUACCCUCGUCCUUCGCACGCCGAUUGGACUUAUAUCCAAAAGUACGGUGCCAAAUCUGCUUCUGGAGGAGGCAGAUCCUCAGCCAGAGAGACUAUUGGUCGAGUGGCUGCUGGUGCGAUUGCAGAAAAGGUUCUUUCGCUUGCCAACGGCGUGGAAAUCGUGGCGUUUGUUUCCAGUAUUGGUUCUGUAGCCAUGGACAGAAACCCAUUGGACCCUACUUUUCAGAAAAUCCUCAGUACUAUAACCAGGGAAGAGGUCGACGGCGUGGGCCCCAUUCGUUGUCCAGAUGCCUCGGUUCGUGAGCAGAUGGUCAAGGAGAUUGAAAAGUACAGAGAUGCCCAGGACUCUAUUGGAGGAGUUGUCACCUGUGUGGUUAGAAACUGCCCCAUUGGCUUGGGUGAGCCAUGUUUCGACAAGUUGGAAGCUACUUUGGCUCAUGCUAUGCUUUCGUUGCCAGCAACAAAGGGCUUCGAAAUUGGAUCUGGUUUUCACGGGACCACCAUUCCCGGCUCGAAACAUAACGAUCCCUUUGUCUUUGACGAGCUCAACAAGAGAUUGAAGACCAAAACCAACAACUCGGGCGGAACCCAAGGAGGAAUCUCAAAUGGAGAGAACAUUUACUUUUCAGUUGCAUUCAAGUCAGCAGCCACCAUUUCUCAAGAACAACAAACCCUGACAUACGAUGGAAAGAGUGGAGUGCUUGCAGCAAGGGGAAGACACGAUCCAAGUGUCACCCCUCGUGCGGUACCUAUUGUCGAGGCUAUGACAGCCUUGGUCUUGGUUGACCAACUAUUGAUACAAAAGUCUCGUGAGUACGGCAGAUCUAUCGUUGCCUCGAGUGACUAA